GCCGUCAUCACCAUGGCGAUGUCAAACAAGUGCCUGUUGCCAUAGGAACGCAAUGGCCGACAAACUCCAAAACUCUGUCGUUAGCGGUGUUUUCACGACUUAAAUUGAAUAAACAGCUGUGACUUUAGAUUGUAAGCUGAAUUCUUUAACAUUUAAAAGAAGCUAUGUUAGCUGAGCAUCGGGGUCCUGCUGAGCUCUUGAGUUCAGGGGAACCAUGGAGGACCUCCACCGCUGGGAAGGAUAUCAAAAGGAAACGGGAUGGAAAACGCCAACGACAAGCAUCCAGCCGACAAAGCUGCUUCUUGGGGUUGGAAAUGAGGCAAGAGCUGGUCUGGGAGGACUGGGACCUGCGAAGAGAGUUCACCAAGACAUUAGUGUUAAAGAAUAUUCACAACAAGCUGCAGAAGCUACACGUCAGACCUCCAGCCUCCAAGUUUUUCACCACCUCAGUUCCUCAGACAGUUGUGAUCAGCCCAGGGACGACUUUUACAGUGCCAAUCACCUUUAGACCACUCCAAAGGUGUGAAUAUGAAGACAGCAUUGAGUUUCAAUCUAAAGAUGGCAGCUUCCAAGUAUGCCUCCAUGCCACCAUUCCCUGUCAUGCCCUGGAGGUGCCUGACUCUGUGCUGCUGCCACUCUGCGCUGUUCAACACUCAGUGCAUACUACAUUCCUGCUCAGAAAUGUCAGUAAACUCCAGACACACUUCCAGUGGGAGUGCAGUGCUCCGUUCAAGCUAAGCCCUGAGCAAGGCCUGUUGAAGCCUGGCCAGGAGUGUGAUAUCACGGUGGUCUUCCACCCACAAGAGGCACUAGUGUACCAGCAACAGGCCUACUGCAGCUUUGGAGAACAGGAGGAUAAGGGAGAGAACUGCUGCACUGUGCUCCUGCAGGGACUAGCCAAGUACCCAUUUCUUCAGCUGAGAAAUCCAGCAGCGAAGGAUGAAAAACAACAAAGUGGUCCAGUGCUGCAGUUUGGCUCUGUGGCAGUCGGCCAGAGUUUGCAGAAACACUUUGAAAUCUUCAACCCCUCCCCUGUAACUGAAUCUUUCUCUCUUUCGCGACUGUCCGAUGAGGUGCCUCUGUUGGGAUCAGAGUUCAGCUGUGAUGUGAGCAGGGGUGAGGUGGCACCUGGUGGAUCAAUACAGGCAACAGUUACCUAUACUCCUGCUGUGGUGGAUACUGUCUCUGUUGACUACCUAGCUCUAAAAUGUAAAGGGGCACUCAACAAUACUCAGCUCAAACUCACUGGAAAUUGUAAAGGUCCCAAAGUUUCCUUGUCCUCUUCUGUGGUGGACUUUGGCUGCGUUGAGGAAGGAGGAGCAGUCAUGCAGACAUUGGAGCUGCUUAAUUCUUCCCCUGUUGAGGCUAUCUAUCAACUGGACCUGGACUGUAGUGGGCACAGUGUGUUCAGCAUCCAGCCAGCAUGUGGCACUGUUCGCCCCCACAGCCAUACCACUCUGAAGGCAGUCUAUAGGCCCACAUGGCCUAUUGCACAUCACAGGAGAGUAGCAUGUCUUAUACUGCACAGGGAUCCCAUGUUCCUUGACCUGAUUGGUACCUGUCACUCAGAGCUUCAGAAACCAGCCAUCCUGAAGCCUGAACACUUGGUCCUGUAUAAGCUGAGCUGGUCCCGCAGAAUGGACACACCAGACAGCCACCAUGCUGCAGAGCAAGAUCAUGAUGCACAGUUGGAUCAGCAGGGAGUGCUCUGCCCCCUGGAGGAGCAGUCACCCCAGAGACCAGACAGUGAUGCUACUGUGUCCAGAACUCCCAUGGAAGAAUAUUACCAAUCCUGCUUCGGGUUCAUGGACCCCUUGUCCUGCAAUUCUUCCUCAUCACCUCCACAUGUAUCUGUGGUGCCCACUGAACUUCUGUUUAAUCACAAAAUGCCCUCAUCUUUGUCUACUGCAUCUCCAUCCUCUCAGUCUGUCUCCAUCACCAACCACACCAGAGGAAAACUCAGCCUGGUGUGGACUCCUGCCCAAGACUCUCCUUUCUCUGUAUCUCCCUCAUCAUGUGACCUGGCUCCACUGAAGUCCACCUCAUUUAGAGUGAACUAUGAUCCCAAGCAGCUCCACACACUGCAUGCAGUGCAGCUUGAGUGCUUUGCAUACAAUAAGGACAGUUUUCAAAUUGAGGGGCCGCUGCUGUGUCCACCCUGGUGUGUGACUGUCAGAGUCAUAGGCAACUCCUUUCAGCCAGGCAAAGAGCAUUUCAUCCCCUGCUGCUCCCUGAAGCCCCCUCGAGUGGUGUUUCCAGCUUUUAGCGUUCUUUCCUAUCGGACAGCGCUCCUCCAGAAUUGCGGAGACCUUCCCCUAACCUUCUGUCUGGACCACAGCUCAAACCCUGCCUUGGCUGAAUCUUUGUCUGUUGUGCCUGGCUGUGGUUUGAUCCAUCCUGGGCAUCACCAGAUCCUCACCCUCAGAACAACCCCUGCAGAAGAAGGUCCCAAACAGGGCUUCAGUUUACACCUUCAGCUGAACGCGGCUAAACACACAAAGGAGCUGACAGUUGUCAGUGUGGUGGAGAAGCCAAGUGUUUCUCUGGAAGGAGACGGCAGCUUGUAUUUCCAUCCAACAGCGGUGGGCUCGGGGACGCAACGCUCCCACCACAUCAGGAACCUCAGCUGCAUACCUCUACAGUUCCACUGGAGCAUUCCAGAGCCAGACCAGGAGCUUAUCUCUGUUGAACCAGAUGCUGGUGAACUGCAUCCCAAUGAGAGCUCAGUCCAGAUUUGGUCCUUCAGCCCACUGGCAGAAGAAACAUACACACUCAAACCUACUCUCACCUUCUGGCCAAUGCAGACACCUGGAUGUAACAUGUCCCAGCUUACCCUUAAAGUGGUGGGAGAGGGCUCUAAAGGCUUCAUAGAGGUGCGAUUGAAACUUGUGUGCAUGUUUGUUUCUUCUGUUUUCCAGGCAGAGAAAACAGUUCUGGAUCUCGGGGAGAUUCUGGUUGGAAGCUAUCGGUCAAUUGAGGUUCCUCUCGUAAACAAGAGCCCCUGUCCUGUCUCCUUCUGCCUGUCUGUACAGCAGACACUCCUGGAUGAGGGCCUUAUUUACGACCCAGCAUCUGUGCCAAGCGCCCUAAAGCUGGACAGGGAGAGGGGAACCAUUGCUUCACGCUCCAAGCUGCUGGUACGAUCCACUCUCAGACCACGCGGACGAGCCCAGUACCUGUGGACCAUCAACUACCAGACACUGAAUGCCAGCGGGUGUGUGUCAUCCCCUCCUCAAACAUUGUGUGAGGUACGAGCUAAAGGUGUGUUUCCCAUCCUAAAGGUGAUUGAUGCAUGUGGCAGCGGCAGUGCUGGCAGACUUAGCAAGUUGCACCUGUGGAAACUCUUCUCAUUGGACAGCCUCAACGAACAGCUGCUCUCCAACCCGUCUCCUGCAGAGCUGACUUAUGGAACCCCCACCAGGCACAGUCUGCGCUCUUGUCCUUCUGUGUUCACUCAUGCCGUACUGGAUUUCAAAUUUAGUGCCGCUCCUCUGAAUUCAGACCCGUCAACUUUUGUAUUGAUUUUUCACAACCCAGGCUCCAUCCCUGUGGACUGGGCCUUUUUGUUUCCAGAGGACCAAGAGAUAGAGUUGGAGUACUGGGCAGAGACAGGAGAGUUUAGCAGCAUGGAACUAUAUCAGAUGAAGGUUCAGGACAACCGGCUGUUCAGCAUUUCUCCCCGUUCUGGAACUUUGCUCCCAGGCCAGCAGAGAGCAGUACACUUCAGCUACAGCCAUGAAUUCGCUGGGACAGAUCGGUUUCCUGUCGUGUUCAAACUUUCUUAUGGCAGAGAGAUCUUGCUGAACUUUCAGGGGGUGACAGUGGAAAGGAACAGACCAUAUCUCCACUUAGUCUCCAAGCGACAUGUCUUUACUUCUGUAAAUAUUGGGGACUGUGCUCCUCCGAGACAGGUCUAUGAACUACACAAUGGUGGGGCAGUGCCAGUGCGAUAUGAGGUGGACUCGGCUGCACUGUCACAACUACAGGAGGACAACUUUAACCAUCCAGUGCUGUGCUGCCUCAGUCCACAUGGAGAGGUCCUACCUGGGAAAACGGCCACGCUGGAAUGGAUUUUCUCUCCAUUAGAGGCAAAGAUGUAUCAUAUGGAUGUUCCUAUCCAUGUCCAGGAUGGGGAACCCAUGCUGCAGAGGUUUGAGGGAUGUGGAGUAAAUCCUGGUGCAGUGGGCUCCAAAAAUGUUCUAAGCGACACUAUAUCAUCCAAACCCUAUUUGCAGAAGCUACCCUUUCCAGGACAGGUGGUACUCUUGUCUGAAGACAGCGUCUCCCUAGGAGACAUCCCUGUGAAUUCACGAUCUUCAAGAAUCCUCUUCCUGACAAAUGUAUCCCAAACAGACACUGUCCACUAUACAUGGGACAUGACUGAACAACAGGUGGUGCGGAUCCAUCCAGAGCGAGGUAGCCUGUGUCCAGGGGAGAGUGCCCUUUGUGUCCUGAACUUCACUUCUACUGACUACCCCACUUGUUAUCAGUUAGAUGUCAUCUGUCAGGUUAUAAAGGAAGCUGAACUGACUCUGUAUCAUGAUGCUCUGCAGCGCUGGGAGGAAGAGAAACAGCGACAGCAAGAUGAAUUCAGUAUCACAGACAAACGUCUUAAUGAUGGACAAAGAGUUUUGAUAGAUGAGGAACUUGUUGCAACCCCAGUAAGAAAAGGACCACCACUCAGAAAAUACAAGACUCUUCCUCCCAUCAGUGCCAGCAAUAGUAGUGAAACUGUGGGCAAUAUCUGCACCAAGUUUACGAGAGCUGAGCGGCGGGCACUGCGAGAGGCAGCAAAAGUAUGGAGGUGCCCUGAACCCCCUCAACCUGCUCUGCUGCACCUCGGGGUUACAGCACACUCUCAUGGGCUUUUUGAGUACCACACACACUUCCCUGAGCAGUUCAAUAAGCACUAUAGAUGCCUCCAGUUAGUCAGGUCCCAGCAACCUGAAGCCACUUCUUCAAGCACAUCCCUCCCUGCUGAGCUGCGUUCAUUGAAACACAGCCCAGGGAGAGACAUCGUCACACACGUACUCACCUCUACGCUCUGGAGCAUACUUGAUGAUCCAAGCUUUAAAGAGUCUCUGAUUAAUUUGCCAUUCAAGCCAAUAACCUACCGCCUUCCAGACACUGGCCCCUCUCACUGCUCCUCCAUUCCUUCCUCCACUGCUCCCCCUCCCACAUCACCUCACCCAACAUCCCAACCUCAGUGUCCGCUGAGUGGGAGGGAACAGCACCACACAGUGGACGAAGCAGGGACUGCAGGACGCCCUGAAAAGACACAGAACACACCACACAUUGAACAUGAGGCUGCAGACUUGUGCGAGGAUGUUUUGCUGAACACUCUCCAGAACCUGAUGAUGGAAGCUUUCAGAGGAGAGCUUGAUCUGACAGCACACCCCCGCAGUGUUAUCUUGCCACCUGCUUCCACCAGGAUCAGGAGGACGUCCAACGCUACGGCUGAGGUGGAGAGAGAAAACAGAGAGGAACCAGCAGAGACAUAAGUCACAACAUCUACCCCACGACCCAGAGGUCCGUCAAUCUCUGCUGCUUUUAGUUAAAUCCAACUUUUUUUUUCCACCUUUACUUUAUCUUGACAUUCAUCCCUUUAGCGCUCUUGUAUCCUCAACAAGUGCUCGCCAUCAUUUUCUUUCCUCCAAAAACAUUUCAGAAGUGUUGGGCCUUAAUAAAAGAUUACAACUUAU